AUGAACCUUAGCCACGUCCAGUUGAGCUUUCUUCCGGCCAACACUACGUCCGCACUGCAGCUGCUGGACCAGGGAGUUAUUCGAGCGUUCAAGGCUGUCUACAGGAGGUUCAUGCUGCGAGCGCUGCUGGCCACAAUGGAGAAGACUGACGACGCUGCCAGUGUUUGUCGCUCAGUGAUGCUCCUGGACGCAAUCAAGUGGACAGUCAAGGCGUGGCAAGGCGUGGCAGCGGAGACCAAGGAACCUAGCGACGAAGACGAAGAGUACCCCGACGACGACAUCCCUCUCGCGGACCUUGUCCUGCAUUUCAGGUUCAAGCUUGAUGAGCUGACAUCAUUUGACAAUGACGACGAGACCCAUGAAGCCAAAUGGGAAUCAGACAUCGUGAACGGUUAUAAAGAGGACGCCACCGACGCCUCCGAUCUCGCAGAUGCCACCGAUGACGUUGACCAUGAAGAGGAAACGCCGGAAGUACCUCCAGUGACUAUCAAAGAGAUCCGAGACUUUGCCCUCCGUAUGCAGCGGUAUGGACAUGAAAAGGAUAGCGACUUCCUGUCAACGGCAGACACCCUCCUUAACAUUGCAGAAAAUGAGAUUGUAAAGGAGAAAUGUGCUUUCAAGCAGAGAGUGAUCUUGGACUUUUUUGUGAAAUCGUAA